AUGUAUAGAAAAGAGAUUUCUAAAUCAGCUGAAAAACCCAAAAUCCCUAUAUCAAGAUUAACACUUCCUCCGAAGCCAACACAUGGCAAAGAAUGUGGGACACCUAACUUUAAAUAUCAAAUUGAAAGGUCUUCUGUAUCAAGUUUAAAUUCUACCGGCCACCCACAGUCACCUUCUACCACAUCGUCAACUCUAUCAAGAUCCAUAAACAAAUCACAAUGCAAUUCGCCAAGUCGUAACUCAUCACCAGUUUUGAAUAAUUUUUCUGCUUAUUCUAGGAGCGCUUUAUCGUUGAGUCAACUUUACCGAGAAGAUGUUAGUCCGCUUGACAAUGAAUUUAGGGAUAAUAAAGAGGCUAUCAAAAAACUUGAAAGCGAAAAUUUACGGCUAAAAAAUGAGCUCGCACAAAAUAAGGAAGUUAUGCAAGAGCUAAUUCUCCCCUCCGUGAGUGAACAAAAAAAUUUUUGUUCACUCAUGAGGAGGGAUUAAUUUUUUUUUAAAAAAAAUUAUAUAGAAAUUUUAUAGAAAAUAUUUUUUUUCGAAAUUUUAAAAAAUCCUAAUUUGCAAAAAUUGUGAGGCAAAUAUUAAUUUAAUUUAUAAAGUUUAUGUUUUAAAACGCAAUUUGUUUAAAAUUAAACAGAAUUAGCUCGAGAUUUCAUUAUACUAAUUAUCACUUAUAUAUCAUUUUUUUUCAUGAAUUUUUUUUUCUAUUAAAAAAAUUUUUGUUCACUCACGGAGGGUGUGUUUUUGGGCCAAAAAUAGGAAUUUUCCAAUGGUUUUGUUCACUCACGGAGGGGGGGGAGUAAGGGAAAAAAUAGCCAAUUUGCGAAAAGAGUCCAGAGAAAAAGAUGAUAGGAUAGCAAAUAUAAAUGCCCUAUUAAAAGAAAGCGAAAAAAAUUUCAAAAACUUACUGGAAACUCAAAAUUCAGGAUUUGAUAAAGAUAAGGACGAAAAGAUAAAAGACUUGGAAUUUAACUUGAAAAUGCAAAAAAAAGAACUGACAGAACAGUUUUUAAAGGAAAAACAAGAAUUAGAGAUAAAAAUAUUGGAUUUGGAAAUGUUAUACAAAGAAAAAAAUAGUAAUGAUAUUUCGCUCAUUACAGGCAACUAUUUAGAAGAUUUAACUAAACAAAUAAAACUAAUCGAAGAAAACUAUAGCAAAUUGCAGAGAGAAAACAAAGAAUUAAAACAAAUUUUGGAAAACUCGUCAAUGCAAGCUAUAGCCAAGCUCACUUCGCAAAUCGAAGCAGAAAUCAUUCAACUAAAUCAAGUCUUCACCAUCAUGAUUUCUCAGAGCGAAAUAAGCCUUGCUAUGAUACUGCUUGCUGCUCAGUCUCGAAUAAAUCCUUCUCCUUCUCCAAAAACCAUAACCUUUUCCCUUGAAAAAACCUUACAAGAGCUAUCUAUAAUGAGGACUUCAAUCUCCGAUUUAUAUGCAGAAAAAUGCGGAGGGUCUUGCAAAAUACAAUAA